ACUGGCUGCCAGGCCUGCCCGUCUCUCGCACUGCGGCUAGCGCCCAGAGAGAGACAGCUGAUUGGUCCGUGCCAGGCGCGAAAUGUAACGCGGGAAAGAAAGAAGCGGAGCAGCACUCCUCUCAUACAUCACCUGCUUGCGCCGCGAUGGGCUCGCCUGGCGGGAUGUAGGAGCCAGUCUAGCAAGGCCAGAGAAGAAGCCGCGUUGUCUCCUUGGCAUGAUGUCUGAUGUGUGCCGCUCUCCCGUCCUGCAGUCUCCCUUAUCUCAGGACGCGUCUCCCCCUCGCCGGGUGCUGGUGUCCGUGAUCAAGGCGGUAUCUCCCACCUCCGCCCAUACUCCGCUCAAGCCCCGCCGCCCGCCCGUUAGCGCCGGGACCCCGUCCCAGCUCAGCCCCGUCCCGAACAGUCCCGGCUUCAGCGAUUUCAUGGUGUACCCGUGGCGCUGGGGGGAGAACGCGCAUAACGUCACCCUGAGCCCCGGGCCGCCCGCCAGGCACCAACCGCCGGCUGCGGAGCCCGUCCACCCCAACAGGGACCCUGGCCAUGACGUCAUCGGGACCAGUGCGGCGGCUGGCGAGGACAGCUUGGAUGCAAUAAGACGUGGCCGCCCAAGGGCAGAAACGGUUCGGGACUUAAUAAAUGAGGGGGAGCACUCUUCCAGCAGAAUCCGGUGCAAUAUUUGCAACAGAGUGUUUCCUCGUGAGAAAUCUUUGCAAGCUCAUAAAAGAACUCAUACAGGAGAAAGACCUUAUCUCUGUGACUAUCCAGAUUGUGGGAAAGCCUUUGUUCAAAGUGGACAAUUGAAGACACACCAGCGCCUUCACACGGGAGAGAAACCAUUUGUUUGCUCAGAAAAUGGGUGUUUGAGUCGAUUUACUCAUGCAAACCGUCAUUGCUCUAAGCAUCCAUAUGCCAGACUGAAACGAGAAGAACCAGGCACCAAGGGAAGCAAGAGCCAAGUUGCUGAUAACAAAGAUUCAGCAGAAUGGUUGGCAAAACACUGGGAGAGGCAAGAGCAGCUGCCAUCCACAUUAAAGAUGAAAUCCCUUCAGAAAGCAGACCAGGAGCAACAGGACCCAUUAGAAUAUCUUCAGUCAGAUGAAGAUGAGGAAGAUGAAAAAAAUGGUCCUCACUCUGCCGCCCGCCGUUGUUUGCAAGAGCAGAGAGAGCGUAUGCAUGGCGCUUUGGCUCUGAUUGAACUAGCUAACUUGGCUAGUGCACAGUUACGCCAGUAACCCGAGAUGUACGAAAUGUCCUCCCCUUGCAGUAUAUUUGCCUUAUUUCUUUCUGUCAGAGGAAUACUGUGGAGCGUGUACUUCUGUUAGCGGGAAAAGAAAGUUACAAAAUACAGCUUUGGGUUAUAAGCUAAGCACCUUAUUUGCUUGACAUAGGCUGCUAUCCUGUAGAAUUUUUUUUAUGAAGAAUGUCAUUGCUUCCUAAUUGGAAGUAAGAGAAUUGCACUUUUUAUGGUAAAGAUUGUUGUAAAGUGUUUUAUAUCUAUAUAUAUUAUAAUAUUUUGUAAAUAUGGAACAGAAAUGCAAGGAUUGUUUCUGCAUCUGGAAAAAACAAUGCUGGAUUUUACAAGCUUAACAUGUUAAUUUUGUUGAACUUUACUGCUAACAUUUUUGGGUUGGUACAUUAUAUUGUGUAUUUUCCCCUCUCAGUAGCAAAAAUCUAGUAAUAUUAGUUACUAGAAGCACUACUAUUUUUUUAACCCGUCUUAAUAUUUCCAGGUACCAUGCCUAAAGUUCAUAAGCAAAGCAAUUUGGCCUUAAUAACUAGUUACAGACACAAGUAUACAAGUUAAGCUUGUAAAAGGAAGGCCGCAUAGAAAGUUGCCCAUGAAAUGGUCCCUGAUGUACGAAGGCACUUCUUUUAUUAAAGGGGCGGGUAUUUUACAUGGUGGUAUUGAUUUGUAAUAAACUGUUUUUAGAUUAUCUGCAAACACUAAAUUUUUAAUAUUCAGCGCUUAGGAUUUUUAAUUAUAUAUUUUUUGCUAACUGCCAGGCUACAACUUGUUUUCAACUGCCUAAACGCCACUUUAUUGCUUCUACAUGCCAAGCUGUGUGCUAAGAAUGAUUUUACUUUUAAAUAGGCAUAACAGACAAAUUACAUUUGUUACCUACUUAAAACAAAAACUAGUUUUAAAAUAGUGACUUGUAUUUUAGCAAUAAUUGGCUAUUAUACUUGAAAGAUAAAGUUCUUGUUUCUUUCUCCAGUUGACAUUAAACUAUUGUCACCAGGUAGACGGAUUUGUAUUCUCUACAGGCAGGGUUUUUCAUUUAAAAUUUAUGUUCUCACUUUUACUCAAACAUGGAGUACUUUUUUUUUUAUUUUUUUUCUGUCAAUUCUUUAUAUCUGAUAUGACUAUACUUCUACACUAUUUGGCAAACCACACAUGAAUUUUGGGUAAAACACCGGUCACUAAACUUCCAGAACUUGAUAGUAAUCUAUAUCAGAUUUGUUUUAAUAUUAUAAGUAUUAUGAGUUAAGCUAAAGCACUUGUACCAAUAUUUAAGUAUCUUGUCUUUUAGUUAUGGCAGUCCUUCCUCUUUUUGUGGUCACAUGAGUGUAUUGCUCUUACUCCAUGUUUUGCACAAAGAACUGAUGUAUAUUCAAGCUGGAAGCAAUGAUAAAAUAAUUUCAUUAUGCACUUAUUUCCAAAAAGGGAGUCAUAUUAAUUCUCUACUUAAAAGGACACCUAAAACACAAGUUGGCUUAUACUAAAGAGCUACUAGAAUGUAUGUGUAAGUGUGUGUAUGUGUGUGUGUAUGUAUGUGUGUAUAUAUAUAUAUAUAUAUAUAUAUAUAUAUAUAUAUAUAUAUAUAUAUAUAUAUAUAUAUAUAUAUAUAUAUAUAUAUAUAUAUAUAUAUAUAUAUAUAAUAUUCCCAUACAAAUAUGAUGGCUUUUUUUUAUUUUGGGAACUUGUGUUUGGUUUAUUUGGCCUUUUUAAAAACUGCUUUUUGUUCUAAAAAAUGUGGUUUGUUUUUCAGUGUCAUCCCGCUUAUAGCUGUUGGUAGUUUGGCAUGAGUUUUUAACAUAAGUGUAUUCCAUGCUUUGAAUAAAAUAUAUGUAAUUUAAUUAA